AUGAAGGGGGGGAAACCGGCAGGCCCACAACUAGAAGAAGGACCAGGCAGAGCCGGAAAAGCCUCCAGUCCAGUUCAGCCGGAAUAUGCGACAGAACGACCAGGAUGGGACACAUCGCAAGAGGGCAAUGCGGAACCAUCCAGGGGGAUGCAAGAGCGCUGGGAAGCCCAAUGGCAGGAGUUCCUGAGGACACUGCAGCCCCUUCACACAACAUGGGGAAGCCCAGGGAUGUCAGAGAUGGAGCUGUGGGAUGACUCCAAGUCCUUUCUGGCCUCCUUUGAGCAAGUGGCCAAGGCCUUCCGGUGGCCGAGAGGAGAGUGGGCGGCCCGGCUCCUGCCAGCCCUGAGUGGAGAAGCAGAAGAGGCCUUUGGCAGCCUGGAAGCCAGAGAUCAGGAGGAUUAUGGGAAAGUGAAGGCGGCCAUCUUGCGAGGGGAAGCCCUGAGGAUGGAGGCGCAGCGCCAGCACUUCAGGCAAUUCUACUGCCAGGAGGUCAGAGACCCCCGAAGGAUUCACAGCCAAGUCCAGGAGCUUUGCCGGCAGUGGCUGAAGCCGGAGAGACACAGCAAGGAGCAGAUCCUGGAGCUGCUGAUCCUGGAGCAGUUCCUGGCCAGCCUGCCAGUGGACCUCCAGGGCUGGAUCCGGGCAGGAGGGCCGGACACCUGCUCCCAGGCUGUGGCCCUGGCCGAAGACUUCCUGAUGAGCCAGCAAGAGGCAAAGGGAGAGAAGUUGCAGGGGCCGCUGAAGGAGGAGUUUGAAGAACUGUCAGAUCCUGUGAAGGGAGAGAUCUACAAAGAACCUGAGCAAAAGGGUGAUGCUACAUUGGAAGAGAUGGAUGUCCGUGGAAGUCGCCUGUGUUUGCAGAUCGUCAGCCGGAGUUUGCCCCGGCCAGCCCAACAGACCACAGUCUGGCAAGUCCUGCAGGAGGACGGGGGGAACGUAGAGCCUUCAGGCGACAAUAACGGAAGCAAGGUCAAGAUGGAGGAUUGUCAGUAUGGAGAAAAGGAGCCACAGGAUAUGACUGGGAAAGCAUCACAGAUGGGCCAAGAGAAUGUGAUGGAGACAGCUGAGAUGCACAAAGAAAGAUGCAAGUCCGAAGAGGGUCAGGAGACCGACACAGAGGGAAGAGAGAAGGAAUGUCAUAAAGUCACGGAAGAUCUUACAGCUGCGUUUAGGCCCCCUUCCAAAGGACGCACAAGGGACAACAUGCCCAUGUUCUCCAAGUACGGUAGAAGAUAUCGCUACAAGUUACAACCUGAUGUGAUAGAUACUGCGGAGGAUCAGGACGAAUGCCCCAUGACAGAUGAAAAUCUCCAGCGAAAUCCAUGCUUCGAUCAGCAUCAACAAACAAUUAAAGGAAGGUGUCAAUCUGAAUUUUCUGAGAAUGGCAACGAGGGUAAUUUGAAUCGACUUCAGAUUAACCACCCAGAAGAGAAAUCUCAAAUCUCUACUGAGUGUGUACAGAACUUUAUUUAUACAAAGUCACUAAAGCAUAAUCAAGAAAUUCAAAGUGGGGGGAAGCCAUAUGAAUGUUCUCAUUGUAGCAAAUGUUUCCACCAGAGAGAAGAAUUGAUGAACCAUGAGCAGCUUCAUACUGGAGAGAGGCCAUACAAAUGUCCUCUGUGUGGGAAAUGCUUCACAGAGAGAAGCAAGUUGAAGAAACAUCAGAGAACUCAUACUGGAGAGAAACCGUACAAAUGUUCUCAGUGUGGGAAGUGCUUAAGAGAGAAAGAAAAUUUCAAGAGACAUCAGAAACUUCAUUCUGGAGAGAAACCGUACAAAUGCCCUGAGUGUGGGAAAGGCUUCAUAGAUGGAAGCACAUUGAAGACACAUCAGAGAACUCAUACUGGAGAGAAACCAUACAAAUGCCUUGAGUGUGGGAAAGGCUUCGGAGAGAGAAGCACGUUGAAGAUGCAUCAGAGAAUUCAUACUGGAGAGAAACCAUACAAAUGCCCUGAGUGUGGGAAAGGCUUCAGAGAGGGAGGCACGUUGAAGAGACAUCAGAGAACUCAUACUGGAGAGAAACCAUACAAAUGCCCUGAGUGUGGGAAAGGCUUCAGAGAGGGAGGCAAUUUGAAGGCACAUCAGAGAACUCAUACUGGGGAGAAACCAUACAAAUGCCCUGAGUGUGGGAAAGGCUUCACUCAGCAAAGCGUUUUGAAGACCCAUCACAGAACUCAUACUGGGGAGAAACCAUACAAAUGUUCUCAGUGUGGGAAGUGCUUCAGCGUGAACACCAGUUUCAGGAAACAUCAGAGAACUCAUACUGGAGAGAAACCAUACAAAUGUCCUGAGUGUGGGAAAGGCUUCACUCAGCAAGGCGUUUUGAAGAUCCAUCACAGAACUCAUACUGGAGAGAAACCAUACAAAUGUUCUCAGUGUGGGAGGUGCUUCAGUAAGGGAGACAAGUUGAAGAGACAUCAGAGGAUUCAUUCUGGAGACAAACUACUUAUAAUGCCUUGA